AUGAGUAAGAAGACAAGAACAUCAAUAUCAGCCAGAACAGAUCACAUCAAUGAAGUAUCCAAACAACCACGGCUGCCUCCAAUGUCAUCAACUCUCUCAUUUUACAAUACCAAUAGUAAGAGACAGCAACAAAAGAAUUAUCUACCUGUUGCAAGAAUAUCAACCAAUAGUAUUACCAGUACUACUAACAUUUCUAUUAAGUCUACCAAAAAUGAACCAAUUGCAGCUCAAGUUCAGACAGAUGUAAGUUCAUUCCAUCAAUUUCAAUUAAUUACUGAUGAAGAAUAUAAGAUUAGAUUAGAUAAAUGGUAUUCUUCACCAAAUUGGAUUAUUGAUGAACAACAAGAAAGAUUGGAAUUUAUUAAGAAUUUUAAGUUUUAA